ACCUAUUGAGCAGUUUUACUCUUAUCAGUUCGUUCGGUGAAUCGCAAUAGAUCUGAAAUAAACAGUGCAUAACAAUUACUUGUAAUCUAAACGCGUAAAGCGUAACGGCGAUUUAAAGAGUAGUUAUUGGACACAUAUGCACUCCUGUAAUAAAAGUUUAUUUUAAAUAAAAUUAAGCAAACAAAAUGGAACUAUUCUUCUUAUUUAUGUUAUUCAGCUUUUCAUUAGCUUCUAUACUGAAUCAAGGCGCUGUAACCUACGACUGUCCGUAUUGUCAGCCGGAACAGAUUCAUAUAGCAUUUGGAGAGAAAACCAAUGACAUCAAAAUAACAUGGUCCACUUUCAACGACACUCAGGAGUCCACUGUGGAAUAUGGAGAAGGUAUUAUGGAAAAGGAAGCUACAGGUUCAGCUACUUUGUUCACUGAUGGUGGUAAAGAGAAACGUUCCCAAUGGAUCCAUACUGUUCUGCUAAAGGACUUGAAGUUUAAUACUAGAUACGUUUACCAUGUUGGUUCUGUAUACGGAUGGUCUGAGCUGUUUUCCUUCAAGACUCCUCCGCGAGGCGAAGACUGGUUAUUGCGGGCCGCUAUAUACGGUGAUAUGGGCAAUAAAAAUGCUCACUCCCUGUCAUACUUGCAAGAUGAAGCCGAACGGGACCACUUCGAUGUGAUCCUCCACGUGGGCGACUUCGCGUACGACAUGGACACUGAGGACGCUCGGGUCGGUGACGAGUUCAUGAGACAGAUCCAGCCGCUGGCCGCCACUGUGCCUUACAUGACUUGCCCGGGAAACCAUGAGGAGAAAUACAACUUCAGCAACUACGUGAACCGCUUCUCGAUGCCCGGCCCGGACUCGAACCUGUACUACAGCUUCGACCUGGGCCCCGUGCACUUCGUGUCCGUAUCGACCGAGGUGUACUACUUCACCGAGUACGGGCUCAAGUUGAUCGUCAACCAGUACGAUUGGCUAAAGGAGGAUCUGGCUGAAGCGAACACCCCUGAAAACAGGUCAAAGCGGCCCUGGAUAAUACUGUUCGGCCACCGACCCAUGUAUUGCAGCAACUCCAACGACAUCGACUGCAGCGUGGAGCUCACCCGCGUCGGAAUCGCCGGAAUGUUCGGUGAGACUUCACGGGAAACUUCACUGCACUAACGGGAAACUUAUUCC